AGUUUAUUUGUAUUCACGCACAAUGUUAUAAUUGACGUAGGUAUAUGAUUGACUACUGAACAUUUUUCUGUUUAGGUUUUAUCUUACAAAACUCGAUGGCUGAAAAAAUCGAAGAAGUAUGUCGACUAUGUAUUGAACCAGGAGAGUUUAUGUUUGCGCUGUAUGAAGCUGAUAAUACAAUAGGUUUUGUGGAAAUCAUCCAGAAAACAACCCAUAUCACGAUCGAUCCCACUGAUAGUUUGCCACAAUCGAUUUGCGAACGUUGCUUAAGAGACGUUGAAAAUGUUAAACUUUUUAUAGAAAGAUGUAGAAGAUCUGAUGAAUGCCUCCGGAAAAAGCUCAAAAUGAGCGAAUUUAAUUUGGGAAAAGCUACGAAUGACCUCCAAGUAGAAGGUGAAAAUUCGCCAGUUCAUAUAAUAGAAGUGUUCGUGAAUAAUUCGGAAAUCAACAGUACCGACCUAGUUGAAAACAUUAAUAUAGAUGAUCUGAUUACUGAAGAAUUGUUCGAAUCGAAUGACAGUAAAUCUGAAAAUUUUGAUGACAAAUCUGAUUUCGAAGAAAACGAUACAUACGUUAACGAUUUAAUCAUAACCGAUCCCAUUGCACAGCUUGCCGAUGUCCAGGAACCGAACUACACGCAAUGUUGCGGUUGUGUUGAAAACUUUGUAUCCUUUGAAGCUCUUCAAGAACAUUCUAGACGCUGUCAUUAUGCAGAAAAGGCAAUUUCAGGUCCGAAUCCAUAUAAUAUUAUGGAAUGUACUAUCUGUUACAAACUAUUCUCUGGAGUAUCAUAUUUGGAUUCUAUGCAUAGAUUAAAUGCUUUUAAAAAUAGGCUUCAGUCAGUUGGAUUCCCGGAAGUCAUACAAUGCUGCGCUUGUGAUGUGUUGGCAUCCAGUAAAGAAGAACUGUUGCAUCAUGCCAAUGAACACAUCGAACGACAAACUUACGAAGAUACAACCAAGCCGUUUGAAUGCCAAUUUUGUUUCAAACGAUACAAAGAAAAAUCAACACUGACUUUCCAUCAAAAAUUUAGCUAUAGCUACAAGAAGCAAUUGGUUACCAAACGACGAGGAUGUAGGGCCGUUAAAAAGCGAUCUGCAAUCGAAAGUACUACUAAUAACAGGAAAUGCUGCGGAUGUUUCGCUGAGUUCAUUUGUUUAGACUCUUUAAAGCAGCAUUCUCGAAUGCAUCACGAACUGUACAGGAGUCAAAAGGACGAUGCUAAUCCAUUCCAAUGCGAAAUAUGCUUCAAACAAUUUCCGACGCUCAUCAGAUUGGAACAGCAUCGGUUGGUUCCCUACAUUCGAGAACACAAGUGCGACAUAUGUGAGAAAUCAUUUUUAACUCCAUUACUUUAUCAAAAGCACAUGGAAAAUCAUCAUUCGAAUAGCAUUGAAAGUAAGGUCUCAAAGAAAGCAAGCGUUACAGUUGAAAAAAAUGUUCAAUGUGACCUAUGUGGGAAAACUGUAAGAAAUAAGUAUCAACUUAAAGCACACCAGAAGUCGAUACAUACGGAAGAAAAAAGAUUUAGUUGUAGUUUGUGUUCCCAAAAGUUCAAAUGGAAACACGUACUGCAGAAUCAUCUUCGUGUACAUACCAAGGAACAACCGUACAAUUGCAAGUUUUGCCCCAGAAAAUUCACACAACUCGCGGACAAGACUAGGCACGAGAUUUGUCAUAGUCAAGAUUUUCCUUUGAAAUGUUCUGUGUGUGGAAAAGGAUUUUCCAUGGGGAGGCAAAAACUCUUGGAACAACACGAAAAGCAUCACCAAGCUGGAGAGGAUUAUCCAUUUACAUGUCAGUGUUGUGAUAGAACUUUCACAAGAUUGACUCACCGAGAUCGACAUCAAACACGUCAUAUGGCGGAGCGGAACCGUAGCUUGAAAUUAAGUUCUGAAGAUAGUUGAAUUGACGUUCAACGAUCAGGCUUCAGUUCCUAAAAUGAAUGCGAAACUUUUUCUUUGUUUCGGUUAUAGAUGUUUUUACCUUAAGGUCGUUCGCCUCUUCGAGCCGGAAAAACUUUCUGACCCUAUGUACGGGGUUGGGAAUCGAAGGUGAGUGGCAUGAAAGGCAUCGACUAACCUGUCCCCCGAAUGCAAAACUUAAAUACCGCCAUUCUACGCAUAAUUUUCCAAUAUUCUAUGGGAUUUACUUGGAAUGGAUGAAUAGUUGUUAAUCAGCAAUCUAUUAUAUGGUGGCAUAUUUGUUUUUGGAUAAGCUCUGCUACAGCGUGAAAUGAAACACGAUAUUCUGAAAACAAUUAUUAGUUUUGAUAUUGCAAUAUGUUCCGAAAGUUUUGUUUUAGUAAAAAUUUUAGCGCAAAUAUAAGAACAAAUAAUCAUAUACAAUAAAAAAUGAUACUUAAUUUAAA